AUGGAAGCAAGUCAUGAUCCAGAGGGUCGGAAAGUCCUUAGAACAAUCAUCAAUAACCUCGAAUACCUCUACGACGGCGAGAACGUUACUUCUUUUGGACACAAGUUCAUGCAGCUAUAUCUUGGGGAUGAUAAUCGCAACAGACCUGUUGAGUUCUGGAAGGCUCAACUCGCAUUUCGAGGCUUUUCACCGAGAGGAAACGAUAUUGAGGCCCUCAAGCAACGUCUGGUCAAUUCUAAUGACGUCCAACCGAAUACCAUGGUCAAGCAAGGUAUUCAGAAAAUGAUGAGGGCUUAUCGCAAGAAGGAUCGUGAAAAUGAGGAGCCAGUGCACCAAGCUCGGCAGGCUCGACACGUGGAAGAGGUUGAUCAGGAAGAAGAUGAAGAUUCUGUGGAAGAAUCUGUGGAAGAUAACGAGGAAGAAGGCAAUGACGAGAGAGAAGAUGAUGACGGAGAAAAUAGCUCUGAGGAAGAUGGUGCCGAGGCAGAUAAAGGUUCUGAAGAAUGCGACAACAAUGUCGAUGAUUCCGCCGGGGAACUUAACGAUGGACCCUGGGAUAUCACCGGACACUGGGAGCUGGAAUGUAAAGCUAUGUCUUCGAACUACGGUCAAUCGCAACCAUACACCCUCGACAUGUUCUCUGCACCAUACAGACGUGGCCAGCAAGUCUUUGGCCGUUUCGACCUCGGUGAAUUCAAGGGUAUAAUCCGGUUUUCUCGUGAAAGCAACGCUGCCGGUCGAAACGAAUAUCUUCUUACUCAGAAAUCCGAUCCAUGGACUGCGGAUAGUACAAGACUCUAUCGAUGGAGAGGCAAAGAUUGUCAGAACAUCAUUCAACUCGGCUCUGAUUCGCUGUUACACAAUGACAUUUCCGCGUGGCGGUAA